AUGGAGUUUUCUUCCAAAAAGGAUCUGUUUUUCAAGCUUUCUGCUCCUCUUCUCAUUGAUGGUGGUAACAAGACAUUUGCAAUUGAUAAAUAUACAAAUAAGAAAUGCUACAUGUUGAGCGCAAGAGAAUUAUCAAUUACUUGGGCAAGCGAUCCUCUUUGCUGGAGCUGGAAACCUCUUCCUCACUCAAGAUUUUCUAAAGGAGUAGAGCUUAUAAUGAUAUGGUGGCUUGAGAUAUAUGGUAAAAUCAACACUCGAAUGUUAUCGAAAAAUACCACAUAUGGAGCCUACCUCGUUAUUAAACUUGCAAAUCGUGCAUUUGGAUUAGACUUGCUUCCAUCUGAGGUUUCAAUAGAAGUCGGUGAUUACAAAUCGAUGAGAGAAACUUAUUUAAGAGGCAAUGAGCUUGAAAAACAAGAUAUGGAGCGCGAUUUUAUGGAACACAAAAUCGAUGGAUCAAGUGAUUGUGAAGCUGAAGAAUGCAUUCUUCAUAUGCGCGACGAUGGAUGGUUAGAAGUUGAACUGGGUGAAUUCUAUUGUGAUGGCAAUGAUAGAGAGGUGAAAAUGAGCUUCAAAGAGGUCAAAGGAGAGCACCUCAAAGGGGGCCUUCUUGUUGAAGGCAUUGAGAUCAGACCAAAGCACUAA